GUCGAAUAGGAACUCGUGAUCGGGUUUGAACCGUCCAAUAAGACGGCCGCUAGGGGGCGGGCCUGAAGGCGCGUAUAAAGCGGGCGGCCGGUGCGGGCGGCGGCUGCAGUUGUCACCGGCAGCAGGAAGGCGAGCGGGCAGUGGGCCGGUGCUGCGUUCCCGGGACCGUCGCUCCCCGCUGGCCUCUCAGCGGAGCCCUUUCCCCUUCGCCCACCUCCUCCCUCCCUGCCGCCAUGACCACCACGACCACCUUUUCGGGCAUGGACCCCAGUGGCAGGAACAGCUCCAGAGUGCUGCGUCCUCCCGGUGGUGGGUCCAACUUUUCUUUGGGUUUUGACGAACCAAAAGAACAACCCGUGCGAAGGAACAAAAUGGCAUCCAGCAUCUUUGGAACUCCUGAAGAAAACCCACCUUCCUGGGCUAAAUCAUCGGGGACUAAGCCAGGUGAAAUCAGAGAAGACUCUGAAUCAUCUGGACCACAAAGAAGAAACUCAACUGAUGCAAACUGUGGAGACUUUGUAGAUCCCAAGGGAGGAGAUGGUGGUGGUGAAACUUCUGCUCUGAGGCUGAAGUCUCUCCUUUGUAAGAUUCACCUUAAGAAUAGCUUACUUCCUGGUGAGAGGAAUGUGUAUGUUGACCAGAUACUUUCUAAGUGCUACUUUCAACACCUAAGAGUCCUGGGAGAUCGCUAAAGCCAUUAGCAGUUCCAUGUCCUGAAAAGACUUCUGCUGGGAGGGCGAGAGUUUUUCCAGAAUGUUUUUAACUACCUCCUAAGUGCCUCCUGUGCCCGAAAUAAGUCUUGCUUCCUUAGCAGGCCGCUUCUAAUCAAACUGUACAGGCUGCUUUAGAAUUUCUUUCCCAUGUCUGUCUGAUCUUAAUUAGCGCUGUAGGCAUUUAGCAUUUAUGCCUCAAGUAGGAGGAUGUGGUUUGAUAAUAGAAGUAACCUGAUCUAAGGGCUCCACUGCUUCUCCUGGUACUUGUUUAAACCAGCUCACCGUGGGGUCAGACGAGAGCCUGCAAGCAAUGGUGAGGCAGGAAGAGAUGCGGGGAAGCAGAAAUAGGGCUGCCUGGGUUAGCAACAGCUGACUGAAACUUUGAGUACAGGAUGAUAUUCCUGACUCUUGGAACAAGUUUCCAUUUUCACAUGUGUCAAUUUGUUGGCUUUUUGUUUGUUUCUGAUAGGUGGCAAUGAAGGAAGUUCUUACCAAGUACCAAGAAAAUGUCUGCGGGGAGGUGGUUUAAAAAAAAAAAAAAAGUGUUACUGGAAAGUAACUGGGGUUGUUUACUGUUAUGGCCAUGACUAAAAAUUAAAUUUUUUAAGAUGGUCAAGAUGAAAUAAAAAAGACAGGCAAAGGUCUGAAUGUUAAACUUCCACUGAUGGUACUUAGGAAGGAGUAGAAAGUUAAUGCUUCCUGGACAUGGCAUCUGUGGAAGAUACCUGAGAAUUUUAAUGAAUUGUUAAAUUAAUUUCUAGUGUUGAUAGCUUUGGGUAUCAAAGCUUAAUGGAGCA